CUCCGUCCGCGGUGCUGCUGCACUCCGCUCUCGACCUCCAGGCUGUCUGUCAGGGCUCUCUGUGUGUGUGUGUCUGUGGAUGUGUGUGUGUGUGUGUGAGUGUGUGUGUGUGUGUGCUGUAGAGAGGUGGCGGGGAGGGAAAGUGUGUGAGGAGAUUCAAAGAACGAGUAGAGCCAAAAAAAAAAAGACACUGCAGUGGAGGAGAGCGGUGGUUUCUGGCUUUGUUUUGUUGUUCCUGAUGGAGAGACAGUUUAGGGAAGUAAAGACAUGGUGAUGAAGAUGGUGAUGAUGAUGAUGAGGAUGGCGGGCUUUCCUCAGCCUCCCCGGGCUCAGGUGAGCCCCGGGCUCCAGACUGAGUGCUAGCCAUGUUGCGGCAGUCCGAGCCGACCUCCAGCACCCUGCAGCUGGUUGCCAACGAUAUGACCGGCAUCAUGGAGAAACUAGACACCCGCGAGCUCGACCUGGAAGAUGGAGAGUACGACACAACCGACGCCAACGUCCCAGCGGAGCGUUUGUCUUUCACGGCGAUCUACAACACGGUGGGUUUCAAGGAGUCCACGGCCAAAGUCUUCCUGUCCUCUCCGAUCACCGCCAAGAUCCUCGAGGUGGAGCGGUUCACCUCGGCUCAGGACCGCUUCAACGUUACUUCGCAGAGGAGCGUCAACAAGUCGAUGCCGGCGGUGUUUAAGAUCGAGUUGAAGCACGGGGAGUUUACCUGGCUGGUGAAGAGGAAGGAGAAACACUUCAUGGAUCUCCACAGAGAGCUGAGGACCUACAAGACCUUCAUGAGGCUGCCGCUGCCGACACGCAGUCACACGGUGAAGAGGCAGACGGUGUCGAGGAGCGAGGCGGGGCAGAUACCGAACCUCCCCAGAUCAGGAGGAGACGAGCUGGGCAGAGACGAGCAAGUUUCCAGUCGAAGGAAACAACUGGAAGAUUACUUGAAUAACCUGCUAAAGAUGCCGAUGUACAGGAACUACCACGCAACGAUGGAGUUCAUUGACGUUAGCCAGCUGUCCUUCAUCCACGAUCUGGGACCAAAAGGCUUAGAAGGAAUGGUGCUGAAGCGCUCUGGCGGCCAUCGGAUCCCCGGGAUGAACUGCUGUGGUCGCAGCAAAAUGUGCUACCACUGGUCCAAACGCUGGCUGGUGGUGAAGGACUCGUUCCUGCUGUACAUGAAGCCAGACUCGGGGGCCAUCUCCUUUGUGAUGCUGGUCGACAAAGAGUUCAGUAUCAAAAUGGACUCCAAAGACACGGAGACCAAACAUGGCGUCCGCAUCGACAGUCUGUCCAGGUCAUUGGUGCUGAAGUGCAGCAGCUACCGACACGCCCGCUGGUGGGGUCAGGCCAUCGAGGGCUUCGUCCAGAAGAACGGCUCGGCCUUCCUCACCGACCACCGCUUCGGAUGCUUCGCCAGACAGGAAGAGAACAUCCCUGCCAAAUGGUAUGUGAAUGGGAAAACAUACAUGGAGGAUGUAGCCGAUGCUCUUGAAGAAGCCAAAGAGGAAAUAUUCAUCACAGACUGGUGGUUGAGUCCAGAGAUCUUCCUGAAGAGGCCGGUUGUCGAGGGCAACCGCUGGCGUCUGGACUGCAUACUGAAACGCAAAGCGCAACAAGGAGUGCGAAUCUUCGUGAUGCUGUACAAGGAGGUGGAGUUAGCUCUGGGCAUCAACUCGGGAUACAGCAAGAGAACGCUGCUGCACCUUCACCCCAACAUCAAGGUGAUGCGUCACCCCGACCACGUCUCCUCCGCCGUCUACCUGUGGGCGCAUCACGAGAAGAUCAUCGUCAUCGACCAGUCGGUGGCCUUCGUCGGCGGGAUCGACCUGGCGUACGGUCGCUGGGACGACAGGGAACACCGGCUGACGGACGUUGGGAGUGUUACGCUCUCACAGUUGGAUCAGGUCAAUGCUGCGUCCUCCAGUGCGGCUGUCCCGGCCAACGGCAGCCGCGGCGUCUCCCAGAGCAACGGGAGGGGAAUCUUUACCGUGACGGACUCGGUGGACCAGCCCAAGCUGAAAGGUCAGGGGAGGAUGAAGAGGACCAGGUUCAGCAUCAAGAGACACCUGCAGAAACACGGGCUGGCUCACGCUGACAGCGACAGCGACCUGGAGAACGAAGAGAGUUGGUCCAACAGCGUCACCAGCCAACACAAUCUGAUCCCCAGCAGGCUGGCGGAGCUGAGGACGGCCGCUCCUCUCGGCCAGUCUCAGGCUGGAAGCGGCUCGGUGCGGAGUCUACAUACGGGGGUCGGAGAGUUGCUCGGAAACACGCGGUUCUGGCACGGAAAAGACUACUGCAACUUUGUACACAAGGACUGGAUUCAACUGGACAAACCAUUCGACGAUUUCAUAGACAGGCACACAACUCCCAGAAUGCCUUGGCACGACAUCGCCUCAGUGGUUCAUGGGAAAGCGGCUCGAGAUGUGGCGAGACACUUCAUCCAGCGGUGGAACUUCACCAAGCUUAUGAAGCCAAAGUACCGUUCUCCGGCGUACCCGUGUCUGCUGCCCAAGUCUCACACCACCGCUGGAGAGCAGCGAUACCAAGUCCCCAACUGCAUCCCCGCCAAAGUGCAGAUCCUUCGCUCAGCCUCUGACUGGUCCGCUGGCAUCAAAUACCACGAGGAGUCCAUCCACAACGCCUACGUCCACGUCAUCGAGAACAGCCAACACUUCAUCUACAUAGAGAAUCAGUUCUUCAUCAGCUGUGCAGACAACAGACACGUUUUCAACAAGAUAGGAGACGCUAUUGCCGAGCGCAUCAUCAGAGCACACAGGGAGGGUAAAAGGUACAGAGUGUACGUGGUGACGCCUCUGCUGCCAGGCUUCGAAGGAGACAUCAACACCGGAGGGGGCAGCGCCAUCCAGGCCGUCAUGCACUUCAACUACAGGACCAUGAACAGAGGAGACCACUCCAUCAUCUCCCAGCUCAGGAAAGAGAUGGGAGAACACUGGAUGAACUACAUCUCCAUCGCCGGUUUGAGGACUCACGCUGAGCUGGAGGGGAAGCUGGUCACCGAGCUCAUCUACGUCCACAGCAAGAUGCUCAUCGCUGACGACAACACCGUCAUAAUCGGUUCUGCCAACAUCAACGACAGGAGCAUGCUGGGAAAGAGGGACAGCGAGGUGGCGGUGAUCGUGGAGGACUCAGAGAUGGUGGCGGCGGUGAUGGACGGGCAGCCGUACCAAGCUGGAAAAUACGCCCUGCAGCUCCGCCUCGAGUGCUUCAAGACCAUUUUGGGCGCUCACACAGAUCUCUCCAUCGACGUGUCGGAUCCCAUCAGCGACCAGUUCUACAAGGAGGUCUGGAUGGCCACCUGCGCUCGCAACGCCACCAUUUACCAGAAGGUAUUCCGCUGUCUGCCGUCCAGCGAUGUCCGUAACAUCCUGGAGCUCGAGGGCUUCCUGGCCAAGCAGGGCCUGGACAAAGAGGACCCGGCCCGGGCUCACGAGGAGCUGAAGAAGAUCCGUGGCUUCCUGGUUCAGUUUCCUCUCCAGUUCCUGUGUGAGCAGAACCUGCUUCCCCCCAUCGGCUCCAAGGAGGCCAUGGUGCCCAUGGAGGUCUGGACCUGAGGAGGUGGGACUCACCUGUGCAUUCAAGCGUUUUACCCACUGCAUAUGGACGACUUACAGGUCCAUUAAACCCACUCUGACGCCAUUUUGGAGCAAAACAGCUGCGCAUCCUUUUUAAAAUCACAGCUUGACAAAAAAAUCUGCUGCUGUUGUUUUUAUUUACUCCCUUAAGUCAAAAAGCAGCAGUAUCUGACAACAUCUGACUUGUGCCUUGUAGUCACAUGUUAGCAUGAAGGUUAGUGUCUUUUUUGCCCUGAAUAGAGCCUUCCAGGCAAUUUGAUUUUGGCCAAAAAAAGCAGAAUAAUAAUUAUAACUCGGGUGUUUGUGCACUAAAACCUUGAUUUUGAUGCAGUCUGUCUGUUCUCAAACAAACAUUAUGAUCUGAACUAAAAAAGAACAGAUACUUUGAGAGUUUAAAAGAAAGUUUGAAAGGCAGGAGAGAUAAAAGCCUGUAUUUGUACAUGUGGUUAUAAUAUGCAAAUGUAUGACCUACUUAGAGCCUUACUUAUAUUUCUGUUAUAAUGGAUGGGAACCGCUGAAGCACUGGUCUGAACACAGCAAAACAAAUACGAGCAGUAACAAGAUCAGACAGACUGUAAACAAACCACCCGGUUAGUCAGAUGUAUUUGGAGGAGAAACUGAGGUGAAACAUCCAUCACAGACUAUUGUGGUUCAACUGUACUCACUGUAGUUGUGCAGUGAGGGGGUAUUCCUGACAUUUCAGUCUAUUUGACCUCCAAAAAAGUGCUUUAAAUAAUGUACUUACCAACCUAUGUGAUCGUCCUGUCUGACUUCUUUUUAAAAAUGUGGCCACGUACCAAGAUUUUAGCCCAGUGUGAGCAAUAGCUAAUAACCUAAGUUGUAAAAAAACAUAGUUUUCCUUUACAAUAAUGCCUUUAAGAUUGAACCCAGAACUUAAAAUGCUCACGUUAUUUAGGAUAAGUAACUAGGGCUGAACAGGAGUAAGUUUACUGUAUUUACUACCUGAAUCUGCAGCACUAGCAACCAAAAUGAAACCCAAAAUGGUGUCAGCUGUGGUUGUGAGACAGCCUGUGUACCAGCGGUGCCACUGAAUGCGCAUGAGUACGAUUACAACUGCUUCUUAUACAAACAACACACGCAGACACAGAGACAAACACCUUGACUCUAAGAACUGAUACGUACACGCAGAACAUUGUUGUUUUAAACAGAUGCAACACGCAAACGCUCACAGACAAACAAACAUGGAGGGAGGCAACCUGGGCCUCAUGUUUACAAGAAGAAGAUGAAGAAUGGAAGUGACCAGAGGCCUGACACACCUCGCCCUGCUCCCUCACCUCCAAACUCUAUAAUCUCUCUCUUUUUAAAACGGCUUGCUCCUUCACUCUCUAACAACACUAUGCAACGUCCAAGGGCCGGCAAACGCUGCUCUGACUCUUCUGUGUUGAGAAGGGACGACUUGAAAAGACACUAAAAAGACUCUUUAAUGAAGACGGCGGUGCAGUGAAGGGGAUGAAGAGCCGGGUCGGAGCUGUCAGACGUCUACAGCCAUUUUAUAAAACGUGUGUGUCUCAUAUCUCUGAACUUAAUAUUUAUGUCAAAACAGGAAAUCACAAGUGCCAAAGAGUGUAGCCUGAUGUUGAUGCAGUACAUACAUUCAUUUACAUUCCUCAUACUGUGGAUUCUACAUCAAGCCUUAAGUGACCUGGUCUUUGUCGUUCCUUUGGUAGCGCUUUAGAAUAACUUCCUGGACGUUUUCUGGAAAGAAGUUGGGGAUAAUUACAGCGUAGGUAAAAAAAAAUAAAUGUACAUUUUCACAUUUAAAAGGAUUUAUUCUUUCCAAGAAGCUGCUAGGGAGCAAUGAAGCGCUAUUGUUCUUUUUUUUUAACUACAUCAAACCCAUAGAUUCACGCAUGAUGAGUUUAUUCUAAUGCUGCGUUUCAUUCAGUGUCAGAUGAACUCUGAAGCAACAGCCAACUUUACACAAACAGGCAAUGGUGGUGUGUUCGGUAAAGUUUAAGGAACUGAAGGUGCAACUUUUAUUUCACCUUUGGCUCCCGGAUGUUUCUGUACUUUUAAAGCUCCAUUAACUGAUGUUUUUUGGACCAAUUGAGGGCAGCGGAAAUAACUGAAAACACAAUCUUGACAGCCUCGGGGCUAAAUUUGGAUUUAUAUAUGAUCAUUUCUGACAUAAAAGUCACAUGAAUUCUGAAAGGACUGUUCACACUGAGGUCACUUUGCAAAACCUUGUAUAAAAGUGGUUGUGUUUUUGUUGUGGGGAGCUAGUUAGCAAACACUUGCUUAUUUACAAAUCCAAUAGAUACGGAUCAAUAUUAGCAUUCAUUUUAAAGUCCUGUCUCAACCGGAUGAGUAUAAGUCAGAUAUUCACUGUCUUAUCUUGGUCAUAUCUGUCUGUUUAGCUGCUAAAUGCUCCACUAUGAUCACCAGCUAGUGUCUCACUGUGCAGUUUGCUGCUGAGCAGGUAAUGUAAAGUGAUGAGACUGAACCAAAACAGUAAAUUAUGCCGUAAAACCAACACUAGAAGCUACAGAACUCCAAAUGUGUAAGUGAGCAACCCUUUGCUUUUCAUGUUCUCAUACACUUAAAAGAUGAAAAUAUGUUCAUUUCUGCUGCCAUCAAGUGGUCAAAAGAUUUAAGAUACUGGUCAGUGCAGCUUCAAGGUUUAGUAAUAAAGAUCAUAUUCAAGUUAAACAAGUAUUUAAAACUUUAGAAACUCUGAUUCUGUAUUUUGGAAACCUUGUGGUUCUUGAAAUUCACGCCCAUGGAUUUCAGAUAUUUCUGCAACGCAGUAUCAAUAUUCCUCAGUGUCUUCCUUGUUGGUCUGUAAGUGAUCUGCAUGAUGCUGUUUUGUGCUAUAAAAAAAAAAAAACGAGACGAAACUGUUUAGCUGACAGCAUGACAGCAGCUCGUUGCCAUUAAACAUUACAGAUAAAAGCAUGAACUCUAUAAGCUGAAUGGUUGCCUUUAAAGCCAUGGACAUUAUCGAUGCUAAACAGUGUGCCUGUCUACAAGCCGUGUGUCUGCUAGGCACACCUGAAACUUCUCUACUGUUGUUAUUUAUGGAAAGUGGGACCGUAAAUGUGCUCUUCUUUUUAAUCUUCCUCUCUACCUCCCUGUGUUUCUACCUCUGCUCCAGUGCAUGUUUUUAAUCUUUUGUGAUGAAUUCAUAUUUUUAUUGCAGCUGUACCCCUUAAAUUUAGCAAACUAAAGUCAAAUUCACUGUUCUGUGCAAUACCAGCCUGUUUUUAUGACUAAAAUAGAAACUGUAAAGACAACAAAACACUGAAUUCUCCCUACAGAUAUAGGACAAGUUCGUCAGCAAAGAAAUACAUUUGGAUGGAAAUGUUUUUAAAAUAUUGUCUUUGCAUUGAUUUAAACCAAAAAAGUGGCUAUAUUUAUGAUUUUAAAUGGUUUUGUAGUUAUUGUUUCUUGUGGGAACACUAGAAGCGUGGCUUCACAUGAUUUCAUUUCAGGUGUAAAUGGAGCUUGAAACCUUCAAUGGUUGUCUCAGUUUCCUCAAAGCUGGUGUGCAGAGGUUAGGAAACACUGACCUGUCUUUUUCUCUGUCUGGCUUUAAUCACUGUGUCUCUAUGGAAAUGCACUAUUUGCACAGACUGUUGUUUUCUUGUGGCGACCCCUUAAGUGAUCUGCAGUACCACGUCAUGUGUCGCUUUUGGUGAAAUGAUGGAAUAAAUAAAUUAUGUAUUAAUAAGACAUUAAAAGGGAUCCUGUCUUCACGAGGCUUUGUGACUUUA